AAAUUAACAGAAGAAUAAGAAUCAGCAUCAGGAUAGUUGCCGGUGUUAAGAGUCCUCAGUUUAACGCAAGGCUUCUGACUCUCAGUUGGGUUUAACGCGGGGGAAAAGCGGUAUUUAAACGUCGGGGAUUGUUCACAUGUCCAUCUUAGUGAUUGUGUAGGAAAUAUCUCAGAGCUUGGAAAGAUGUCUGCAGACAAAAAAACAGAAACAAAUUCUCAGAUUUCACAGGAUGGAGACGGCAAAGCCAACAGGGUCAUCCGCAUCGGGACGAGGAAAAGCCAGCUUGCUCGCAUUCAGACAGACAGCGUGGCAGAGAAGCUUAAAGACUUGCACCCUGACGUGCACUUUGAAAUAGUGGCCAUGUCGACGUUAGGUGACAAAAUACUUGACACGGCUCUGUCAAAGAUUGGGGAAAAGAGUCUCUUCACAAAGGAGUUAGAGAAUGCUUUGGAAAGAAAAGAGGUUGACCUGGUCGUCCACUCUUUGAAAGACUUGCCCACGAGUCUUCCUGUGGGUUUUACUAUAGGAGCCGUCCUUAAGCGAGAAAACCCCUCUGAUGCAGUAGUUUUGCACCCCAAAAGUGUUGCGAAAUGUCUUGAUUCACUGCCAAACAAGAGUAUUAUAGGCACGAGUUCCCUUCGCCGGGCUGCGCAGCUAAAGAAACGGUUUCCUCACCUGGAAUUUAAGGACAUUAGAGGUAAUCUCAACACUCGCCUGAAGAAGCUGGAUGAGAGCAGUGACUUUGCUGCUAUUAUUCUGGCUGCAGCUGGACUGAAGAGGAUGGGCUGGGAAAGAAGAAUCAGCCAGAUCCUUGGUCCUGAUGAUUGCAUGUAUGCGGUUGGACAGGGAGCUCUGGCUGUGGAGGUGAGAGCUUGUGAUGAGGACAUCCUGGAGAUGGUGUCGGUGCUGCAUGAUCAGGACACAGUGCUGUGCUGUAUUGCUGAGAGAGCGUUCCUCAAACGCCUGGAAGGAGGAUGCAGUGUUCCAGUUGCUGUUUACACUGAAGUGAAGGAUUCUCAGUUGUAUCUGACAGGAGCAGUGUACAGUUUAGAUGGCUCAGACAGCCUGAAGGAGACCAUGCAGACCAGCAUUGAGUCUGAGGAUCAGGAGCAGGAGAAGGUUGAUGAGGGAGUGCAACGUGUGGGAGUCACAGCGCUGAAGGUGUCGGGAGCGGCUCAGGACGCAGCUGAGAAGCUCGGCGUGAACCUCGCCAAUCUGCUGCUUAGCAAAGGAGCCAAAGAGAUUCUGAUUGUAGCCAGACAGCUUAAUGAUUCGCGGUAGAUUUGUUUGUUGUUUUCAUUCCAUCGUCCAGCAGCCGACUGUGAACGCCGUGUCAAACGUGAAUACAUGCAUUCUUUAUUAUAUCUUUACAGUGGAAUGCUGUUAUAGGAAAAUAAUCAACGACGGCGUGGUGUGAAGCGGGAUUACUGUUAACACCCUGAAGUUGACUAUUUUCCAAUAACAUCAUGUCCGAAGUGUUUUAUUCCUCUUAUAUAACAGCAAUUUGCCAAAGCUGACAAUUUUCUAUUUAUUAAAGAAUGACACUUUUAUAGUUUAUAAUUUAUGGUUAUGGAACGUCACUUCUGGUAUAUCAGUUAUAAACGGAUGUUCCCUAACCAUACUCUCAGUGAAGGUAAUAAUAGUUUUAAAAAAAAAAAAAAAUUUUAAAAAGCAAUUUGUCAAGUUGCCAAGAAACCACGAUGCCCUCCCUACUUUCCUGUUUCGGGAAAACUUACAGCUUUAAGUUUUACCGCUAUGACUGUUACAAAGAGCACUAACACUGGAGACUCCUUCCAUAAAUGCUAAAUAAACAUCUUAGCGAAAAAGUUCAUCAAAUCACCAACUACACCUGCAAUUUUUAAUCAGUUUAUGUGGUGUACCAGUUCCGGUACAGGUUGUUACUAUAGAAUAAUGUAUUUAAAUAAGCACGUUCAUAUAAACCUGUGCUUUAAAUUACAGCACUACUGUCAGAGCUGCUGGAGUAGAAAAUUAAUCAACACUGUCUGACCAAUCAGAUUUGAGAUUUCAAAAGUGCUGUGCUGUGGAGGGGCACGGUGGUUAGCACGUUUGCUUCGCACCUUCGGAGUUCGGGGUUUGAAUCUGACCUCUACCCUGCGUGUGCAUGUUCUCUCCGUGCUUCGGCGGUUUCCUCCGGGUACUCCGGUUUCCGCCCCCAGUCCAAAGACAUGCGUUAUAGGCUGAUUGGUGUUUCCAAAUUGACUGUCCGUGAAGCUGCUUUGUUUAAGUGAUAAUCAUUUUAUACAUGAUGGCGCAAUAUGAUCUCAAUGUAUCUGAUAACCUUAAGACAGAUUGCUUUUUAUUUUACCUCCAAACACCUUAUUUCUUAUUUACUUCAUUUUUCUUAAUUUUGAAUGAGCUUAUUUUUCAGUAGACCUUUGACGUAAUACUAUCACAAGUUGAAAUUUGGUUUAGAAAAUAUUUUCUAAUUGAAGCCGCUGUGCAAAUGAAACUUGAAUUACUAUGGAAACGUGGUGUGUGUUUUUCCCCAUUAUAUUUUCCUUCACAUAUGAAACUCUCUGAGAUGUUACUUCCGGUUUGUGAAUGUAUUAUUACUGAUUAGUGCUUAUGUGAUCAUGCUUCACAUAAUUUCAUCCAAAUAUGAUUAGAACUAUACAAAUAUGAUCAAUCUAAUCUACUUGUUAUUGUUUAAUUACUUUUAAAUGUUGAUUAUUUUUGGUUAA